AAAAUCUAUAGUCGAUGUGCAAAGCCACAGUAUAUAUCGUGGCAAAGCGAUGACGAAUCACGCGAAUGUAUUUGUAUCAUACAUAUGUAUGUACUAGCUUCAAUUCACUGCACUUUUUUAUUGUUCUUUUUUUCUUUUUAAUGUGCGAACGUAUGUUUAUCUUCUUUGAGUGUAAGCAGUGCAGUUCUCAAAGGAACAAACCUAUGACGCAUUCGUAUAUGUAAGUCAAACGUGAAAGGAAUAUGGCGACGGUAAUCUCGUAACAGUGGAUGUACUUUUGAUUUCCUCGGACUCCUCGGAGCACAUCAGUGUUCAUCGUCAUACGAUCGGAAGUGAUUUAUAAAUAUCUUAUAAAUUGGAAACGGACGCAACACAAUGAGCUUCUUUAGCAAGGUGUUCGGCGGCAAGAAGGAACCGGCUGCCCCUUCGACGGCCGAGGCGAUUCAGAAGUUACGCGAGACAGAGGAUAUGUUGAUAAAGAAACAAGAAUUUCUGGAGAGCAAAAUAGACAAUGAAGUGUUGAUAGCCAAGAAGAAUGCAUCGAAAAACAAGCGAGGUACGACUCUCGUGAAUUCUCCACGACUUUUAUAUUUCGUGUUUUGAUUGAACUAUCAUUUU